GCUUUAUCGUAAUGCUAAGCUAAUCGUAUUUAAAACACGAUGAGAAAAAAUCGAAUUACGAAUAAUGUUAAGUAAUAACAACAAUAAUCAAUAACAAUAAUUAAGGAUUACGUCUGCGGUCCGCGAAACACUUGUAAUAACAUAUUUCUCCUUUCCUCCAAUUUAAUAGCAUUUAUUAAAGAACAUUACCACACGGUCGGCGUCCGUAUCCCCCACUUUUAGAAACCUUUUUGACGCACACGAAUCGGUUUAUUAUCGACGGCGGCGAUUUCCGGUUCACCUUGUGAAUAUUGUUGGAAUAAUAAUAAUAAUGCAGUUUCGUGUACACAUUACAUACCUAUUAUAUUAAACAUAUUUUUUCCCCGUAGCUUUCCAUUCGACUAUGGUUGCCGACCGUGUCCUUUCCCUCUGCUAGCUUCCGUCGGUCGUGGCAGUCGCGAACAACGGCACAACGCUGAACGGCCGAACAUUCGUCAGUCGUCAGUACCUGCACAAACGUCUUGUUAUAAUCUCUGUCGGUCGUUGCGUUUACGUCCGCUUUCGCAUUUCAUAAUCGUGACAUUGUUUCUUUUUUUUUUUGCUUAGUCCGAUUCUUCGUUGUAUUAUGCGAGUGUAUCACUGCGAUCGUCGUCAAUCUUUAAAAUAAGCACAAUUUUUUACUAUUUAUCUUAUCAAGUUAAUCACCACUGAACAAAACAUGAAUAAAUUCGCCUUGCCUGCGCUGCUAGUCUGUCUGGUUAUUGGCAACAAUGUUAACUGGGGUGUCAGUGGAAUUGAAGGAGAAACAGAUUUGAACGAUUUACAAGACACUGUGAAAAAGAAGUUUGACUCGCUUGUACCUGGAUUACCCAAUUUGGAUCAGUUUAAUGAGUCUAUACCGGCCUUAGACGAAGGCGAAAGAGUGUUGAAAGAAAAAUGUUUAAAAAAUAGCCAAUCCAAUGACUCUUAUGAAAUGACUGUGGAGGCAAAGAAAGAUUUUGAAGUUUGUGUAAAAUCUUUAGUUGAUAUCGCAGAAAUAAAAAAAGAAAUUAAUGAUGCUAAACCUAAAGGUGAUCUUGAUAUGGUAUUUAAAAAAUACUGCAGAAAGUCACCAGAUUUUAAGGAUUGUGUUUUAAACUUCACAUCUACUAUAGACGUUUGCUUGGAUGAAGGUGAAAAAGAUAGCAAAAAAAUUCUUCAGAGUGUCACGGAAGCUUUAUUAUCAUUUGUAUGCCAUGAUGAGGGUGAUCGUAUAGCAUUAUUUUAUUCAGAGGGUGGUCCAGAUUGUUUAAUGGAUAAAAAGGAAGCUAUACAACACUGUCUUAAUACAUCAUUCAGUAAGUAUAUGCCUAAUGGUGAACCAAGCUUGUCUAGCUUACCAGCAUUCAAAUUUGAAGAAGAUCAAUGCAAGAGUAUGAGUGAGCUACAAGUGUGUGUAAUUGCUGAGUUAGAAAAAUGUGGAGAACCAACACCCGCUAACAUUAUUGAGUCAUUGUUCGAGUUUGUACGUCGAUCAACUCCAUGCUCAAAGUUUCAGAGUGCUCAAACACGUAAAAAAUCUUCAGGUGUUUCGUUACAUGCAACGAUCUCUAUUACAGCAUUAUGUACCUUAACAGUCCUGUUAAGUCGAAUUGGAUUCUAUUAGUAUGUUGGCAAUACUUACAAAAUAACAUUAAAAUUUUAAGUAAGGCUUAGAAUCAAAAUCCUUGAUAUAUAUUGAGACCUAUAUUGAACUAAAAUAAAUUAAUUUAUUAUAUAUAAAUAUUAGACAGUAAUAUUUUUA